AUGACAACGAGAACGACAACUCCUCCGAUAUCUUCUGUUGCGUUUUCAGCUAUUUCGCUGGAAAAAAAAUCCACUUUCUUUUCGGUUGUCGUAAACAGUCGAGUCGUUUAUUUCUUUGAAAUAUGGAUACAUGUGAUAAACCUGUUAAGUAAGUCAGCGCUCGAUCCAAACAAACCCGAAAAACAAGAAUCGGUGCAUGGAGGUAGAGUCACUAACCGUUUCAUCAAUUUGGAAUGGCCGAAAUAUGACCUUGAGGACCAAAAAUACCUUCAUAUAGGAAUGCGCCCAAACAAAAGAGAAUAUUACCGUGGACAAAAGCUGGCACUUUGGUUGGAACUUUUACCAAAGAUUCACAAACCAGACAACUGUAGUCCCGAGCACCACAAACUCGAUAAUUCAAAUAAUAUGAGUACAUUUGAUGAGCCGGACCGGUUGUUACAUUAUUCGGAGGUCUUCCCAUCACCCCCGCCUAUGCCACCAAUCUCUCCGCCUCCCAAGCCACAAUCCCCGGUUACCCCAAACAACGAGGAUUCCCACAGCCCGUCACAGUCCACAUAUAGUUACUCAUCAGAUUAUACAUUUGACAACACGCCUGUACACAGGUCGACUGAUUUCCCGCCAAAUGAUCGUCGGUCGACGGCCAGUACGAACAAUCAGAAAGAGGCAGCCUCGUUAGGCAGAGGGGGAACGGACAGCGUGGUGCCGCUCAGCAUCACCAUCGCCGUCGGCUGCUCACUGCUCUUCUUGAAUAUCCUUAUUUUUGCUGGUGUCUAUUAUCAGCGUGAGCGAAUCAAGAAGUCGAGGCGCGAGAAAGAUGAAAUGGAAGAGAUGAAGCUCUCUCGCAAAAUGGAAAAAGAGUCUAACAAAAUCAGCAGCAUGUCGGGAGGCGGAAGCAUUGGGGGUGGCGUAAGUGGGGGUAGUAUAGGAGGCCCCGAAACGGUUAGCCUAAUGUCUACACCGCCGACGCAAUCUUCGCCCACAAGAGGGGGCCAACAUAACAAUCCUUUAAUCAACUCCAGCAAACAGAACCCGGGCAAAGUUCCCACUUCCCAGGCAUAUUCCUACAGCGCUUUGCCAACCACGUCUUCGUCGCCUUUACAUAGGCCAGCUAACUCUCCGACGGACCAUCCAGUGAAAGCUAAUUCCCCAUCCAGAAAGAUUAUCACGAAUGCGAUCAAGAGUAAAGAACAAAUGGAACCUUCGAAAAAAUCACAUCGAUCCUCAGGAAUCGAACAAGCAAACAACGCCAUUACAAUAGUUUGA